GAGCAUCAGGGCCCGGCGUGACAUUCACCGGGGUGUCAUUUGAGUUUUAGCAGCAGGGAUCCAGCCUGAACUCCACCGAGCUGCUACCAGAAUGAGAGUACUGAAAGCGGGUUUGUGUUUGACCAAGACGCACCUUUUAGCUCCAGGAAGCGUCACGCUCAAAAAGGUGCUCAUUAACAGCUGUCGGACGUGCUCUUCCGGUGUCUUCCCCAAUGAAAGAAUCCGUAACAUCGGUAUCUCCGCUCACAUCGACUCGGGGAAGACCACCCUGACCGAGAGGGUCCUCUUCUACACGGGCAGGAUAACUGAGAUACACGAGGUGAAGGGGAAGGAUGGUGUUGGAGCCACCAUGGACUCCAUGGAGCUGGAGAGGCAGAGAGGCAUCACCAUCCAGUCAGCAGCUACAUACACCAUGUGGAAGGACCACAACAUCAACAUCAUCGACACACCAGGUCACGUGGAUUUUACCAUCGAGGUGGAGCGAGCGCUGCGUGUGCUGGACGGGGCCGUGCUGGUGCUGUGCGCAGUGGGAGGCGUCCAGUGUCAGACCUUGACCGUGAACAGACAGAUGAAGCGCUACAACGUGCCCUUCCUCACCUUUAUAAACAAGCUGGACCGACAGGGCGCCAACCCGGGCCGAGCCCUGCAGAACUUGAGAUCCAAACUGAACCACAACACGGCGUUUGUGAACAUCCCAAUCGGCCUGGAGGGGAACAUGCGUGGCAUCAUCGAUCUUAUAGAAGAGCGGAGCAUUUAUUUCGACGGACCGUUUGGUCAAAACAUCCGCUACGAUGAGAUCCCGGCAGAUUUUCGUGCUGAAGCUGCAGAUCGAAAGCAGGAACUGGUGGAGUGCGUCUCUAAUGCGGAUGAAGCUUUGGGUGAGAUGUUCCUGGAGGAGAAAAUUCCUACCAAAGAAGAACUAAAGGCCGCGAUCCGCAGAGCCACGUUGAAGCGCCUCUUCACCCCGGUGCUGGUCGGCACAGCAUUGAAGAACAAGGGCGUCCAGCCUUUGUUGGACGCCAUCGUGGAUUACCUGCCGAACCCGAGCGAGGUCAAGAAUUACGCCAUCUUCAAUGACGAAAGUUCAUCUAAAUCCUCAACAAUUGAAAUGGACUCCACGAGAGAUUCUACAAACCCCUUCCUUGGUCUGGCCUUUAAACUGGAGGCUGGCAAGUUUGGUCAGCUGACGUACAUUCGAGUGUAUCAGGGCUGCCUGAAGAAAGGAGAAUACAUCUACAACACGCGCACAAGAAAGAAAGUCCGAGUUCAGAGGCUUGUGCGUCUCCAUGCUGAUCAGAUGGAGGAUGUGCAUGAGGUCUAUGCAGGAGAUAUCUGUGCGCUGUUUGGGAUCGACUGCGCGAGCGGAGACACUUUUUCAUCCAAGACGAGCACAGACCUCUCCAUGGAGUCCAUUCACGUCCCAGAUCCGGUUAUUUCCAUGGCCAUGAAACCAGCCAAUAAAAAUGACAUGGACAAAUUUUCCAAAGGACUUAACCGUUUCACCAGAGAGGAUCCCACGUUCAGAGUACACUACGACAUCGAGAGCAAAGAAACCAUCAUCUCUGGCAUGGGAGAGCUGCACCUAGAAAUCUACUCCCAGAGGAUGGAGAGGGAAUACGGCUGUCCCUGUGUAAUGGGGAAACCCAAAGUGGCCUUCAGGGAAAGCAUCACCAAUCCUGUACCGUUUGACUUCACGCAUAAGAAACAGAGCGGCGGUUCUGGCCAGUAUGGUAAUGUUAUCGGCGUCCUCGAGCCCCUAGAGCCUGAGCACUACACCAAGCUGGAGUUUGUAGACCGUACUGUUGGAACAAACGUGCCGAAGCAGUUUGUACCAGCUGUUGAAAAGGGCUUCAGGGAAGCCUGUGAGAAGGGAUUCCUCAGCGGGCACAAGAUCUCAGGGGUCCGGUUCAUUCUGAAUGACGGAGCGCAUCACAUUGUCGACUCCAACGAGAUCUCGUUCAUCCGGGCAGGAGAAGGCGCUAUGAAACAAGUGAUGGCGCACGCCAGCGGCAUUAUCCUGGAGCCAAUUAUGUCCGUUGAAAUCGUCGCGCCUCACGAGUUCCAAGGAGCGGUCGUCGCUGGGGUAAACCGUCGGAGCGGCAUUAUCACAGGACAGGACAGCGACGAGGGAUAUUUCACUUUAUACGCUGAUGUUCCUCUAAACAGCAUGUUUGGAUACUCUACGGACCUACGCUCCACCACCGAAGGUAAAGGCGAAUACACCAUGGAGUACAGCAGAUACCGGCCCUGCCAGUCAGCCACACAAGAUCAACUCAUUCACAACUACUUGGAGGCCACAGGUCAGCUGCCUGUAAAGAACAAGUCCAAGAACUGGAACGCCCACUGAACUGUUUGUUUUUGGACUUAAACGUCACCCCCAUACGUCAUCUCCACGUCCUUCAUCAACCAAGCCGAGGCUUACAGGCAGACAAAACUUGGACAUUUUACUUUUCUUUACUGUUUUAAGCCCCCUCUUUAUGUCAGACUCUUGAGUAAACAUAUUUAUUGUCUUCUUUUUGCACAGUUUUAACACCGCACCUC